CCACGGCUUGUUGCUGCGGUCGGCCACACAACCUUUACCUUUAAACCGGAUCUUUCCGUGCGCUCGUUAGCCGCAUCAAGUUGGACUUCGUCGGAGUCCCUAGACGUCCGGUCGUCUGUAAGUCAGCGUCUCUCUGUUUUCUGCUAAUUCAGUAGAUAGCUUUAGUUCCUGAAGGUUAAAAGACCUAUAUCACUUCAUUCUGCAACACUAGCAAAUGUUUGCUGUAAUUUUGGUUAUCUCCAAGACCCGCUUCAGAUUUUAUGGCUCUUUGCGCACCCUGCCUUGAAUUUGCUGGAAACUGAUUUGUUACAUGAAUUGACAAAAUCUCGUACCAAAAUUUUAUUUGCAAGCAUUUGUGGAGACCCAGGUUGGUUUUUUUUUUUUGAAGGAAUAUUUCAAAACCGUAGUAGAAUUUCAUGGAUACUUUACUCAAGACUCAUAACAAGCUUGAAUUUCUACACCCAGUUCAUGGGUUUGUGGAAAAACUGAGCAAUUUAAGCCCUUCAAGGAUUCAGAACAAGGAGCUUAGAUUUGGCCCCAAGAAACCUCAUCUAAAAUGUGUUAGGAAUGGUUGUGUCAAGGCCUGCAGUAGUGCCCUUUUGGAGCUUGUUCCAGAAACCAAGAAGGAAAACCUUGAAUUUGAGCUUCCUAUGUAUGAUCCAUCAAGGGGUGUUGUGGUGGACCUUGCAGUAGUGGGAGGCGGCCCUGCAGGGCUUGCGGUUGCACAGCAAGUUUCAGAGGCAGGACUAUCAGUUUGCUCGAUUGACCCAUCUCCCAAAUUGAUUUGGCCCAAUAAUUAUGGUGUUUGGGUGGAUGAGUUUGAGGCCAUGGAUUUGCUUGAUUGUCUUGACACCACCUGGUCUGGUGCUGUUGUAUUUAUUGAUGACGGAUUAAGAAAAGAUCUCAAUAGGCCUUACGGGAGAGUUAAUAGGAAGCAUCUAAAAUCAAAAAUGAUGCAGAAAUGCAUUGUAAAUGGUGUUAAGUUUCAUCAAGCUAAGGUCAUAAAAGUUAUUCAUGAGAAAUCCAAAUCUCUGUUGAUUUGCAAUGAUGGCAUCACAGUUCAGGCUGCCAUAGUUCUUGAUGCGACUGGUUUUUCUAGAUGCCUUGUUCAGUAUGAUAAGCCCUAUAAUCCUGGUUACCAGGUGGCUUACGGGAUUUUGGCUGAGGUUGAAGAACAUCCAUUUGAUUUGGAUAAGAUGGUUUUCAUGGAUUGGAGAGAUUCACAUCUAAGCAACCGCCAGGACUUAAAAGAGAGGAAUAACAGGAUCCCCACUUUUCUGUAUGCAAUGCCCUUUUCAUCUGAGCGGAUAUUUCUUGAAGAAACUUCCCUUGUAGCUCGGCCUGGAGUACCCAUGGAAGACAUUCAAGAAAGAAUGGUGGCUCGGUUAAAGCACUUGGGUAUAAAAGUUAAGAGCAUUGAAGAGGAUGAGCGAUGUGUCAUUCCAAUGGGUGGUCCUCUUCCAGUUCUCCCUCAAAGAGUUAUUGGAAUAGGUGGUACAGCUGGCAUGGUGCACCCUUCGACUGGAUAUAUGGUAGCUAGGACUCUAGCAGCAGCUCCAAUUGUUGCAAAUUCUAUAGUUCAGAUCCUUGGUUCUAAUGGAAGCUUUUCAGGAAGUGAAUUGUCUAAAGAAGUUUGGAAAGAUUUAUGGCCCACAAAAAGGAGGCGGCAAAGGGAAUUCUUCUGUUUUGGUAUGGAUAUUCUGCUGAAGCUUGAUUUACAAGGCACAAGAAGGUUUUUUAAUGCGUUUUUUAAUCUAGAACCCCGUUAUUGGCAUGGAUUCUUGUCAUCUCGUCUUUUUCUUCCUGAGCUUCUAUUUUUUGGUCUUUCAUUGUUUUCUCAUGCGUCUAAUACGUCUAGGAUUGAGAUUAUGGCAAAGGGUACUCUUCCUCUGGUAAAAAUGAUCAACAACUUAAUACGGGAUAUGGACUAGGAUGUUAUUUGUAUUCUUUGUCCAGUAAAUGUAAUGCACCUGCAUUUAAAAGUUCAUAUUGCUUACCCUUGCUCAACAUUGUUUAUGUAAACUCAUAAAACAGCUGUUAUUUAAUUCUUACUACCUUGCUUUC